AUGGUGAACGCCGUCCAAAUCCUCGCCACAGCCCUCGCCGCCGUCGGGGUGGCGGCUGUGGCUACCCAGAACCAUCUGGAAGCGCUCAAGGAUGCCCCGCCGGGUAUCACCUACAAACUCGCCAAAGGGAUGCAGUCUUCGUCGAAGUGGUCAUAUCUACCAGCCAAAGCUACGAAGGCCGCCCCGCAUGUUCAGCAGUUACGCGCUAUUCGUGCUGAUCGCGCGACUAGCUUCAAUCCGAGGUCCGCUGCGGCCGUCCUGGGUGCUCACCAGCGUCACGUUGGGGGCUUUGGUUACGAGAAUAUCACUUCAACUUCGGCCUACGGCACUCAGUACGCCGUUGAUGCUUCGUUCAGCGGUCAUCAACUUUCACUCAUCAUCGACACUGGUAGCUCCGAUACUUGGGCUGUGCAGAAGAACUUCCACUGCGUCGACUAUUCGGGCGAGCUCCUCCCCCAAGAGACCUGCGGUUUUGGCGAGGCAUACCCGGAGAACUUCCAAUACGGCGUGACUAACCCGGCGACUCACAUGUACAUCCAAUACGGCGACGGUGAGGUUGUUACCGGCCCCAUGGGAUUCUCUGAUGUUUCCGUGGGCAAUCUCACGGCCGAGAAGCAGCAGGUCUGUUUGGCCAACACCACAUACUGGUACGGCAACAACAAAACCAGCGGUUUGUUGGGCCUUGCGUUCCCAUCCCUGACGAACUCUUACCUUGGUACCGGGGCACAACACGAUUUCGGUAACCAGGUGCAAUACAGUCCGCUAUUCACCAGUCUAGUAGGACAAGGCCUGGUCGAUCCUCUUUUCAGCAUCGCCAUUGAUCGCAACGCGUCGAGCGGUGUGCUUGCGCUCGGCGGUAUUCCUCCGGUCACUGGUCUUGACAAGUCUCGCACCGCGGUCCUGGACAUGAUCAUCACGAGCGUCAUUUCGCUCCCCGAAACCGCAUACGAAUACUCGUUUUAUACGGUCAUUCCGGACGGCUGGAGCUGGGACCAAACCACCACCACCAAGAAGAUCCCAUAUAUCGUGGAUAGCGGCACCACCCUCAAUUACCUUCCUACCAGUGUGGCCGACGCCAUCAAUGCUGCCUUCGACCCCCCGGCCGUUUUCUUGUGGAUGUACGGCGCUUAUUUCACCUCGUGUGACGCCUUCAUCCCCCAGGUUUCCGUGGUACUGGACGGAAUUAACUUCAACAUCAGCCCCGUAGACCUCCUUUACCGCGGCUUAGUUGACCCUCUGACUGGGUUGUGCAUGACUGCCAUUGCGGACGGCGGUUCUGGACCUUACAUUCUCGGCGAUGCGUUCAUGCAGAAUGCCUUAGUUGUCUUUGACAUUGGCGAGGCUAAGAUGCGGUUCAUCCCCCGUCAGCGUUACUAA